AUGAGUUCAAGAGUUUUGAUUUUACUGAGUGUUUUGGUUUCUUGUGUUCUUGUCAUCUCCUCGGAGGUGUCUUUCAGAGAAUUGGCUGAGACUACUUCCAAGGUAGAAGAUGCGACAUCCACCGCAACUACAGAGACGAAUGAUGUAAAUGAUGCCAAAUACGGUGGAUAUGGAGGAUACCAGGGCGGCAGAGAAUACCCAGGCAGCGGGUCCAGAGGAUACCCAGGUCAAGGUGGCCAUGGCAGCGGCCGUGGAGGUUACGGACAAUGCUGCCCCUACGGUUGCUGUGGCAGCAGACGACGACACUAUGGUGGUGGAAGCUGCAGAUGCUGCGCUUAUGCUGGGGAGGCUGCUGAGACCGAGCCAGAAGAGAAGCCUCAGAACUAA